AUGAAAGCUAUAAACAUUAGACUUGACGCUCCUUUUAUCACGCAAGGAUGCGCUACCAGGAUACUGCGUACAAUCGUCGAGCUCUUGCUGUACCAUCGUGGUCAAAUUCCGUUCAUGUACACUACAUUUCGUUCCAUGGUCAGGAAUCUUCAACUUACUGAUAUCGAUGAAGAUCCUUUCACCGCUAGUCAACUAAAAAAACAGCGAGAUCAAGCGAAAAAUGUUAUACACAGUGCUGAGCUUGUGUUCGAUGCAAUAGAAAAUAUAAUGCAACAGCACGCGGUGCGAGUACUGAUGGUCUUGUUCGGUAGAACGAUAUACACGGCUAAGGAAGCUUUCACGAUCGAGCUGCCCACUGUCGAUGAGGAUCAUUACGGACAAUAUCAUCAGCAAUCGUUAGAAAAAAUCAUUAGAAAAAUCGCAAUGGAACUAACGCUAUCCGAUGAAAUUGUGAGCGGAAAGGGACUGAUGGGUAGCACGAAUGUGUUCGUCUUGAUACAGUCAGCGGUCACGCCUAGCAGUGGGAUGGAUCAGUUAGAUGGUUUCCAACUUCCCAGUAAAUGCGCCGAGUUCGUUAUCAGACUGCAAAUGGCGGAUACGUCGGAAAACACAGCGGUUAAGUGCUGUAAACUUUUAGAGGUAUACCGCGAACAAACGGAUUCCUCUCAAGAACCAGAAGUUCGAAAGGACAAAGAAACAGAGGAAACGUUAAACAGUUGGUUCCUUUUAGAGACCGUGGUUAGUGGGUACCAGGCAAAAUUCGUGAAAGGUAACAAUAUAUGGAAAUGA